CUCUGGUCCUCCCCGGUGCCUCCAGCCGUCACAUGCCGCUCAUGUGUCGUCCUGCUCGGCUCCGCCUCACAGCUCCUCUGUUAUGAAAGCAGAGCAGUGGGUGUGUGACAAGCGGAGUCCGCUGCAAGAUCCAACCCAGUCGUCCACGAUGCUUCGUGUCACCUCCGCCUCCCUCUACACCUGCUGCCAGAAGGUGAGGCUGCUGCUGCUGCCUCCCUCUGCCUCUGCCUCCACUCUCACCUCCCCCAACAAAAGACCGGAGAACCAGCGCACGGUGGACUCUCUGUACGAGCUGUCGGUGGACAUUAAAAAAGUGCGCAAGUUCAAGGGCUGGGUUCUGUCCGAGAACUCGGCGUACGUGUCUGAAACGGCGGGCCUGCUGAAGGACAUGGGUGCAGACGACACGGUGAUCGCCCGGAUCCUGGAAACCCACCCUGAGGCCAUCCUGUGUCGGCCGGAGGACACCGUCGCCCAGAGAGACCUGUGGGUGUCCGUGUGUCCCAACAGGCGUGAGCUGAUGAGCAUCAUCGAGAAGUUCCCAGCCUCCUUCUUCACGUUAACUCACCAUGACAACCAGCGGGCCAACAUCCUCUACCUCCAGAGCCUUCGCCUCAACAAGAGGAUCAUCAGUAAGCUGAUGGCCAGCGCCCCGCAGAGCUUCAGCCGGCCUGUGGAGAGCAACAAGGAGGUCAUCCACACCCUGAGGGAGACCUACCUGGACCUGGGUGGAGACGAGGGCAACCUACGGAUCUGGCUGCAGAAGCUGCUCAGUCAGAACCCGUACAUUCUGCUGCGACCCGCUGAGGCCUGGAGGGACAGUCUGGGCUUCCUGAGGGAACGAGGCUUCACCACGGAGGAGCUGCUCAGUCUGGUCUGCAGCCUCAGAGCUUCCAUCGCGGAGCUGAAGCCCGAGGCCAUGGAGCAGGCCCUCACCUACAUCGAGGGGGCUCUGGCCUGCUCCGAGGACGAACUCAAGCAGGUGGUGAUCCGCUGCCCGGCCGUCUUGUACUACUCCCUGCCCACCCUGGUGGGGCGGUACCAGGGCCUGAUGGACGUCGGGGUGAGCAUGGACCAGGUGAAGGAAUCUCCCAACGUGCUGGAGCUCACCACCCAGAUCGUGCUGUAUCGCAUCCAGAAGCUGGCCUCCUACGGAUACGACGUGCGCUCGGGCAGCCUGGACGUCAUCGUGGGAACCAAGAAGGACUUCGAGAUGAGUUACGGCAAACUGCACCUCAGGCAGCAGCGACCACUGUUCAACCCCGUGGCUCCUCUGAGAUCUGCGGAGGAGUAAACUCUACAUGCUGCAGUUUGAAGUAGUGGUUUUUGAGAAGCACUUCAUCGCUUCACCCUUUGUGCAAUAUGCAUGGAAAAGUGAGGUACUUUCUAAUGCCAAACUUCCACUAAGACUUGCAUUGAGAUCAUUGCAGAACCAACCGACGCUGCCUUCAUCACGGUCUUCAGAUGCUCUGAAAAUAUGACACCAUGUGUUCACAUUUUUAGCAGGUUUUUUUUUGGGAAGUAUUGCGUUUUAUAUGAAAAAUAUGCCAAGGAAUAUAUGGUGUAACAUUGAAACUGAGUAAGGAUGUAAAGGAAUGUGUGGAAAUGAGAGCCUGUCAACCUUGUACUACUGUAACUGAACUGGAAACGGCAGAUGAGCAAUAAACACCAAGUCAACAAUU